AUCCUGCCUGUAGACAUCCUAAAAUGUCCUAUAGAAAUACCUGGAAAAGCUAAUAUGAGCAGGAGUAAAAUUGUAAUCCCUGUUAGGCAAAAAUAACUUUUAAAAUAUUACGAAUAAUGAGAGAAAAAGAAGAUCCAUCACAUUAAUCAAACAUGAUGUGAUUUGGAGACAUUAUUAGCUAGACAUUCAAACAUUACACUGUCAGUAGCUUUUCAGUUGAACUUAUAUUGGUCCAGUGCGAUGCCUAUAAGGUAUGUUAUUCAGUGUACACUACUGACAUCUAGUGGUCAGUUUUUUCACUAUAACAAUAUUGACAAAAAAAUAGCUUGAACAAUACAUAUUGUUAUUGUUUAAUAGCAGUAAUUGUAGCUAUUGAAAUAAUCUAGGGGUGUAAAUAUAGGCACAUAAUGUGUUAUAUUUAAAAGGGAGCAUCUAAGUUAGGGGCACAAACAUUUUUUUUUAAAUACAUAUAUAUAUAUAGUACGUAUUAAAGACCAACAGUUGAUUUAUCACAAAAAUUGAAAUAGACUUGACACUUCUAAUAUAAGGUUGUAUGAUAACUUGUUUGAUGAUCCGACGGUAGAAAGGGCUUCUUCUGUAACGUGUGCUUUUAUUUUGGAAGGUAGGAAGCUGAAGAAACGAGCCGGAAGUGCUUUACCGUGUCAGCAUGUAGCAUCCCUCUGGUUCUCAGGGCUGCCGGUCUGUAAGCAACAUUAGCUUCCGUUAGCUUAAUAAGCUCAUCGCAUAAACAAGUAACGGCGACCAGCCUCGUUCAUGGACCGGAGCCCCCGCUGACUCUCCCCGCUGCCUAGCUGCGAACAUGGCGGCCAACCCUCCGGGACCAGGCUUUCCGAACAAGGCCCGCGUUGCCAUCCUGGCGGAGCUGGACAAGGAGAAGAGGCGGCUGCUGCAGAGCGGGUCCAUGAACAGCCCCGGAGCCAACAUCGCGCUGUCGUCCAGACCGAGCCUGAAGGACGCGAGGGACUGCGCCGAGCAGCAGCACAUCGCCGCCCAGCAGAAGGCGGCCCUGCAGCACGCACACGGACACUCGUCCGGCUUCUUCAUCACUCAGGACUCCUCUUUCGGGAACCUCAUCCUCCCGGUGCUCCCGCGCCUGGAUCCCGAAACCUGACUCUCCAUCCUCGCGACAAACACUGACCCGACCCAGGCCUCUUGGACCCUGGGGGAAAAACUCCCUUUGUUUUGUUACUCUUUUAUACGAUGUGUGUGUCCUGUGUGUGAUUUAGUGUGAUUAAAACGAGGCUUUUGAACGCAUCAUCAGUGUUACUCUAUCUGAUGAGGCGCAGAAAUGAAA